GCUCCUCAGUCAGAGCUGUACGCAGUAUGGCUGGCGAUAUUAGCUAGCAUUCGCUCACGGUGUUCUCUGAAAAAGGGAAGACGGUAACUCAAGACUAAACCAACACCUGGACUGUUUAAGGACAGCACUUCCAUAAGUUGUUACAGAUCGAGGAAGGAUUAUUGCAUCUGGCAACGUUACUACCGAUCUUUUUGUUGGGCGUCUGUUGUCUCAUCAUGGAAGAUAACGGUGCACAUUUCUUCGAGGGGACCGAGAAGCUGUUGGAGGUUUGGUUCUCUCGGCAGGAUGAGACCAAAGGAACCGGGGACCUGCGAACCAUCCCAAGGUUUGAGUGGGACAAACUUUUGGAGAAUGUGCAUUGUUUGAUCAUAAGUGUGACAAAGACUGACAAGCAGGAAGCUUAUAUACUCAGUGAGAGUAGCAUGUUUGUCUCCAAGAGACGUUUCAUUUUGAAGACAUGUGGAACCACCCUCUUACUACAAGCACUGGUGCCUCUGCUGGAACUCGCCAGGGAGUACUGCGGUUUUGAUGCCAUCGAGAACUUCUUCUACUCCCGCAAGAACUUCAUGAAGCCAACUCAUCAAGAGUUCCCUCAUCGGAACUUCCAAGAGGAAGUGGACUUUCUAGGCCAGAUUUUCCCAAAUGGUGCUGCUUAUUGUAUGGGACGUUUGAACUCUGACUGCUGGUACCUGUUUACUCUGGACUUACCGGAGUACUGGGAAAACAAGCAUGCGGAUCAGACGCUGGAAGUUCUGAUGAGCGACCUUGAUCCAGCCAUUAUGGACCAGUUCUAUAUGAAAGAUGGUGUUUCUGCAAGUGAUGUCACUCGUAUGAGUGGAAUUCGUGACCUGAUACCAGGUUCUGUGAUCGAUGCCACAAUGUUCAACCCUUGUGGAUACUCAAUGAAUGGAAUGAAGACUGAUGGAACCUACUGGACCAUCCACAUCACCCCAGAGCCAGAGUUCUCCUACGUCAGUUUUGAAACCAACCUUUCCCAGACAUCAUACGACGACCUUGUCAGGAAGGUUGUUGAUGUGUUCAAGCCAGGGAAAUUUGUGACUACGCUGUUUGUCAAUCAGAGCUCCAAGUGCCGCUCUGUCUUUUCUUCUGCCCAGAAGCUCGACGGCUACAAGCGGAUGGACCGCCAGCUGGCUCAAUUCAACGAUUACAAUUUUGUCUUUACAAGCUACUCCAAGAACUGCCAGCAGAACCAGACAAGCUGAGGGUUGAGAAUGAAAAAGAGGCGUAAAAAAGGUGGCCGACCUUCUGGCCACCUUGUGUUAGAAAGAAUUUAUCGAUCCUCUCUUGCUGUUCUCUGCUGUCGGUGUUCUCUGACAUGUGGCGAGGGCCCUGGUUUAUCCUCCAGUUUGAGUUGUUUGCAUUGUUGUAUCUGUGACUUAGACCUUUUGCAUGAAAGCUCUUUCCUCUGUUUCGGUAUCCUAGCUCACUCUUGCUGUGAACUUGAAGUGCAUGUAGAAGAAUUGAACACGCUCUGUUUGCCUAUCUGUGGCCAGUACAACCGGCCCUUCCUACAAGUCUCCCCCCUCAUCCCCCACAGACAAGGUUUCCGACCGCACUAGACCUGGACCCUGACAUGCUCAGAUCAGUCUGCCUCUUGAAAAACCUGCUGCUUCAUAAAUGCUGUUUUCUAAGCCUCGAAACGGUCAAAUUUAAGAUUCAUUUGUCUCAUAUUGGAUGCUUGGUUUCUUGACAUGACUUCUAAUAUUAGAUUUAAACUUAAAAAUGUAUGCCACAUGAUGAAUUAUUGAAAACUCACUGCUCCAUCCAUGGGAAGCUUCUGGUUGUGGUCGCAUUCACGAUUUGCAGGGAUGGAAAGUUUCUGACUGAAUGUAGUGCAGGCAGCCCCCCAUUACCACCUCACUCCCGCCUCCCCAUAUUUGAAUGUAGCCGUCUCUAGAGAAGAGCCGGCUCUAUUAAUAUUUUAGCUGAAUGUAUAACUCCUGGAGAGUUGGCUGACCAGUCUUUGUUCCAUCCCAGCAGGCCUCGCCAGUCUGCCUGUCCCACUGCUGAAUGGUGGUGGGGGGGCUGAAUAAUGAAUCAGACUCUUUCUGCCUAGUACAGCGAAGCAUUUUCCUUUUUCCCUGCAUAUAAUAUCCUCUCUGCCGCUUUCCGCCCCAUACACUAAAAUCUGUUACUGCACAAAAGAGGCCCACCAGUCUGAGCAUGCCAGGGGGAUCCCGGAUCAUUCCACACUUUACUACUGCAAAAACCAGCGUUUUAAUAAGUUUCUGCUGCCCAGAAUUGGACGACCGCCGUGGUCUAUUGUGUCGACAUCAAUGCCCUUUUGUCCAGGUGGUGGGGAGAUUUCGUGACACUAUGGUGCAUGUAACUACUAGGUGCAGUGCUGCUUGACAGUGUAGUGACGCUCUUUCUCCUCUCAAGUCUCUGUGCUUCUUCACCCCCAUUUUAUCAAUGAAUGAAGUGAUGACGGAACAUCCCUGAUGUGAUUGGAGGGGGUCUGAUUUUGCUAAAUCUCACUUCAAGCUCUAAAAUGGUGGUCAAUUAUUUAUUACAUCACCUGCACUCUGUUACUUCUGGCAGUGCAGUUUUAUGUAUUUAAACCUGUGAUGAGUUCAAGGGGGUAGUUUCUUUCAAAGGCUUGGUUUUGGGGUGAUUACAUUAUUUUGAGGACCAAUUGUUCUUGAAUAAUCUACACUCGUGUCUGAGGGUGAAGCGCUUUGAGUCAUUGCAGCUUUUUAGUGGUCUGACAUUUAAAACCAGCUCUGCUUGGACCAUUCUGCACCAUUUUGAUAGUUUUUUUCUUUUCUUUUUUUUUUUUGACAGUGCAUUUGCUUUUUUUUUUUUUUUUUUUUUUGCCGAGGACCAAUCCUUGUUUCUUUGUCUUCAUUGUUGAGAGGGUUCGUGUUCAGAAGCUGUUGAGGUGGGAUGUCACACAUGAAGGAGAAACUUUGCCGUUUUAAUUCUUUUGCUGUUCCUGAAUGGUCAAGAUGUGCUAAAAUAUCUGUGCUAUGAGCUUGAUGCUAAAAUAAAACUGCUUACCUGUGCAAA